UGUAAGUUGCCUUGGAUAAGGGCGUCUGCUAAAUAAUAAUAAUAAUAAAUGUGUACAUGAACGGUUGUGGUGGUCCAUGUUUUCUGGGUCCAAACUUCGACUCGAAUGAAGAAAUUAUUUUCCUGCCACAACAUCAUGAGUUUCUGUUUUUUUGUUUUGAUUUAUUCCAUUUUCAGGGUUCUUAUGUUAUAUUCCAUCCAAAAAGUGUGCUGAUGGUUUCUUUCUGCUGUAACCCAGAAGUAAUCUUCAAGAUUUAUGAAGUGUUAAGGCAGGGGUUUUCAACCUUUUUUUUUUGCAAUUGUACCCCUUAUGCCUGGAGGUUUCAGCUAAAGUACCCCUUUACAAUUAUCGCUUUACUGAAUGGCACCACAGUUUCAAGGUAGAAUAAUUGGAUUAACAAAUCUUUUUUUCCACCUUUAUUUAUACCAGAACAGCUUGGGACUAACAAACUGUUGGUUUAGGACAGCAUACCAAACAGUAAUUUCAAACUUUUAAGUCUUUUGACUCUGUGUAAUCUAAUUUAACACCCAGCUUACCCCCUUCGAGUUAGGGGUGUUACAUAGAAGUUACAAAGAUAUGCAUCAGUCUCUCGGCAUCCUGUGGUGAGAGAAAGCAUCUUAAUUUUGCAUUAUUUUUUAGAUGGAAAAAAGACACUUUAGUUAUGUUCCUAAUGUGGGAUUCAAAUGAAAGAUCAGGGUAAAAAAUAACACAGAGAUUUCUGUCUUUGACUCAGUGGGGUAGCUGUCCACUGUACAGACACAUUGAUUGUUAAUUUCUGUCUUUGACUCAGUGGGGUAGCUGUCCACUGUACAGACACAUUGAUCUUUGAUUUUUUUUUUUUACCACAAAGUAUAUGACACACAUCUUGCUUAGACUUUCUAGUCUGACAAAGUUUAAACAUUCUUGGCUUUUAAGUGGGUCUCUUCUCUGAGAGGCCUUUUCAUCCUUAUAUGGAUAAAUCUGACACUUAACCAAUCUCUGGCUAUGCUGGUUGCCUUUUUUGUCAUUACUUUGCAGUUGAUGAUAUUAAAGCUCUAAGGUCUCUGUUAUGUAAAACAAUUUAGCUUCUUUACACAACUUGUUUUUAUCAAAAAUGUAUAUUUUUAUAAUAAUAAUAAUAAUGAUAAUAAACAAUAGUGGGUAUCUGUUUCUUCCCCUAUGUGUGGGUGACAGUGUUUCUUCUGUCUAGUACUGUCUCCUAAAUUCUGUGAGGGGCCUGGUUAGGCUUUGUUUUCUUUUCCAAGCUGGUCAUUAAACUUUUGCCCAUUUUGUUUAAUAUACAAUCUGUCAGCUGGUGGAUGGGGCUGCUUACCAGCAAAACCAUGAAGGCUCAGCUCUUGUGGAUAUGUCUUUCCUUCUUUUCUCUGACCUUUAUCGAAGCAAACAGUAUGUAUUGUGUGUGUGUGUUUUUUUUUCCUUUCCAAAGUACCAUUUUAAAAAGGUACUUGUAUUGUAUCCAGGUGAAAUCAAUUAAUGUGGCUUUAAAUCUGAGAUUAAACCUCCUUUUUAUGAGGGCCAUUGUAUUUUUUAGCUUUAAACAAGUUUCGUAACUGUUUAAAGUGUGUUUGGUGACAACAUAUCUGCGUAAACUUUAAGACUGUUACGUGUGAUAUUGAUGUGGGGAGAGGGUUAUACUGUAUUUUUAUAAUUACAUUACGCAAGGCAAAGCAUUAUUUUUUUUUAGAAAAGCAGCCACUCUCCCCCUCCAAACCCAUGCUAAUCUGUUACUUGUGUACCAGUGUCUUAGUGUUUCUAUCGCAAGAGAGUGCUAGUCAAGUUUUCAGAAGACAUAAACAUGCCAACAGCUUUUUAGAAGAGCUAAAACAAGGUAACCUGGAAAGAGAAUGCAAGGAGGAGCAGUGCAGCUAUGAAGAAGCGAGGGAAGUGUUUGAGAAGGAAGAACCAACUAAUGAAUUCUGGAACAAACAUGUGGACGGAGACCAAUGUGAGAAAAAACCUUGUCAAAACAAUGCCGACUGUAAGGAUGUGUGGCAAAAAAUUCCAAAUCUGUGUGAAACCAGCAAUGGGGAUUGUGACCACUUCUGCAAGAUGGAAAGGGACAUCAAGUGUUCAUGUGUUGAGGGGUAUAAAGUUGGACAAGAUGGAAAAUCAUGCAUACCUGAUAUGAAACUGAAGGAUCCAAUAAAGUUCAGCAAGUACAUCAUCCCCGCAUGCCUACCCAACCGAGAGUUUACCGAGCAAGUCCUUAUGAAUCAGCUGUUUGCUCAAAUCAGUGGCUUCGGGCGCAUUCAUGAGCAAGGAAGACAGUCCACCAAGCUGCAAAAGCUGAAUGUCCCAUAUGUGGACAGGCACGUCUACAUAGAGUCCAGCCUGUCCAAGAUCACUGCCAUUAUGUCCUGUGCUGGCUAG